UGAAAACGUCAACGUGCGGUGAAAAAAUAACCUCUAAUUCUAAGUUUACGUUUUUUAUUUGUAAUUGCUGAAAAGUUUUCUUCUUGUUUUUCGGUGUUAUUAAAUAAGUAGUCGACAUGUCUGACGCCCACCAUAAGGAAUUGGAAGAAAGGACGAUUAUGGCAGAAAAGGAAGCUAAAGCGAUAGAAGAAGAGUUGGACAAAAUUUCAAAAGGUGAUCUCAGUUACGUGAAUGAUACACGAUUGGAAAAAUUACUGACUGAUAAUGAAAAGCUAAAACAUCGUUUAGCUAUUCUGGAAAAUGCAAUUAAAGUUGAAAGUUCCACGUCUUCAAGUCAGUCUAUUAGUAAACAAGUUCGAAAACGUCCUACCUUGAUAUCCGAUAUCAGCUCUGUAGAAGGUAACAUAUGUAUCCUAGAUGAACUGAAAAAUGUUUUUGAACUUGCAAUUUCAUCUGCAUAUUCUAGUUUAGAAGAUCCACCUAUUGUCAUCACCCUUUCCAGUAACAACCCCAAGUUUGGGGAUUAUCAAUGUAAUUCUGCCAUGCCCAUAUCACAGUUGUUAAAAGCUAAAAAUAUCAAGACAAAUCCAAGGGAAGUGGCUAAUAAUAUUCUAAAUAAAACUCCUUCCUCACCACUUAUUGAAAGAAUAGAAGUAGCAGGCGCAGGUUUUUUGAAUAUUUACUUAAAUAAAUCAUUUAUUGAACACAUUCUAAACUGUAUAUUGCGUUUCGGAGUAAAACCACCCCCAGUGAAGAGAGAGCGAAUAAUAGUUGACUUUUCAUCUCCAAACAUUGCUAAAGAGAUGCAUGUAGGACAUUUAAGAUCAACCAUUAUUGGAGAUAGUAUUUGUCGAACACUUGAAUUUUUGAACCAUGACGUACUUAGAAUCAACCAUCUGGGUGACUGGGGAACUCAGUUUGGUAUGUUAAUUGCUCAUUUGCAAGAUAAAUUCCCAGAUUUCAAAACUCAUUCUCCGCCUAUAUCUGAUUUGCAAGCAUUUUACAAGGAAUCUAAGAAAAGAUUUGAUGAAGAUGAGGUGUUUAAAAAAAGGGCGUACACUUGUGUAGUUCAGUUACAAUCUGGGGACCCUGACUUUAUAGCUGCUUGGAAACUGAUUUGUGAAGUGUCACGGAAGGAGUUUCAGAAAAUUUAUGAUCGUCUAGAGAUUAAAAUCAUUGACAGGGGUGAAUCCUACUACCAGAGUAGGAUGAUGCGUGAUGUGGCAUUUCUCAAAGAAAAUGGUUUCUUAGAAGAGGAUGAAGGCAGAUUAAUCAUGUGGGGCAAUCCUAAUAAUCAUGAUACCAUUCCUUUGACUAUUGUAAAAUCAGAUGGGGGAUUUACUUAUGACACCUCUGACAUGAGUACCAUUAAACAGAGGGUGGAAGAUGAAAAGGGAGAUAGAUUUAUUUAUGUCACAGAUGCAGGGCAGCAUACUCAUUUUGUAGUCAUUGAAGCAUGCGCUAAGAGAGCUGGCAUACUGAAAGAUGGACAAAAGGUGGAACAUGUAGGUUUUGGUGUAGUUUUGGGAGAAGAUAAGAAAAAGUUUAAGACAAGAUCUGGUGACACUGUAAAGCUUAUUGAACUUCUUGAUGAGGGCUUGAAAAGGUCAUUGGACAAAUUAGUCGAGAAAGGUAGAGAUAAAGUACUUACUCCAGAAGAAUUAAAACAAGCCCAGGAGGCUGUAGCAUAUGGCUGCAUUAAAUAUGCAGACCUUUCCCACAAUAGAAUCAAUGAUUAUAUUUUCUCUUUUGAUAAAAUGUUAGAUGACAAGGGCAAUACAGCUGUCUAUCUUUUGUAUGCGUUGACAAGAAUUCGGUCAAUAGCUAGAACUGCUAAAGUUUCUGUUAAAGAGCUGAUAGUAAAAGCUGAAAAAUCGGGCAUGAAAUUCACUCAUGAAGCAGAAUGGAAACUAGGAAAAGUGCUAGUCAGGUUCCCAGAAGUAAUCCUUAAAGUAGCAAAUGAUUUAUAUUUGCAUACAUUAUGCGAAUACUUGUAUGAAAUAUCAACAGCAUUCACAGAAUUUUACGACAAAUGCUAUUGUGUAGAGAAAAAUAAGGAAGGUGAGAUAGUUAAUAUUAUUUAUGAAAGAUUGAUGCUAUGUGAAGCGACUGCUUGUAUAAUGGAAAAGUGCUUUGAUAUAUUGGGAAUCAAAACAGUAUCUAAAAUGUAAUCCUAAACAAUUUGCCAAUGUUAAUACUACCAUUUUAUUUUUAAGCAUAUCACAAUAUUAAUUUAUGAUCAUACUUACAAGUAUGCUUUAUUUACUUUGUAACAUUUCUAAAGAAAUAAAUAAUAAAAGUGUUCUGUA